AUGAGCACCAAGCUUGCUAAUAGGUUAGCUUUGAAGCACGAUCCUAUCAGCAUCACUCUUAUCGGUGCGGGUCAUUCUUCCACCCCUGUGCGAAAAUCGGUGCGUGCGAAGAUAUCUUCCCGAACGAGCCCGUAUGAGCUGAAUGCUGAUUUUUUGAUAGUUGACAAUUUGAUCGGGGAUUUGCCAGCGCAUGAUGUGCGCACCGAUGAAUGGCAAAUACCGCCGAAUUUCAUUCUUGCCGACCCCCAGUUCAAUAAGUCGGCACCGCUCGAUCUCAUCCUCGGUGCCCGGCAUUAUCAUGAAUUCUUCCAAAGCGGGGCUCAAUAUCGAAUUUCUAUCCAUCUUCCGGUCCUUAUGGAGAGUAUGUUCGGGUGGAUCGUGAGCGGUUCAGCAUCUAUCCCGAAUAUUAAUAAUGAUGCAUCCUACGCCUCUUCCGUUGUUUGCAUGAGCACGCUCGAUGAAACCCUCGAGCGAUUCUGGAAAAUGGAAGAGCUACACGUUAGAGAUGGCCUUUCACCUGAAGAACGGUAUUGCGAAAAUUUAUACCUAGAUACGACACAACGAGACGAUACAGGUCGUUAUAUUGUUCGCUUACCAAAGAAGUCAGACUUUAAAGAAAAGCUCGGAUUAUCGAAAUCAUCGGCCCUACGACGCUUCACUAUGCUCGAAAGACGAUUAGAACGCGAUCCUCGUAUUAAGGCAGCAUACCACGAAUUCAUGCGAGAGUAUUUGGAGCUAGGACAUAUGUCACUACUGCGAGCUCCAGAUGACGAUGAAUCAGCAUACUAUCUGCCGCACCAUCCCGUUUUUAAGGCGUCGAGUUCUACAACAAAAACAAGAGUGGUAUUUGACGGCUCUGCAAAAACCUCUUCAGGAUACUCCCUGAACGAUAUGUUAUGUGUGGGUCCAGCAGUUCAGGAUGAAUUACUAGACAUCAUCCUUCGAUUUCGCACAUACAAAGUGGCUGUUGUUGGCGAUAUCGCUAAAAUGUAUCGCCAAAUUCUGCUUCAUCCCGAUGACAGAAACUACGUCCGCAUUUGCUUCCGAUUUACUCCCCAUUCACCGAUCCAGUAUUACGAGCUGAACACCGUAACGUAUGGUUUAUCCCCUUCAUCCUUCUUGGCAACUCGAACAUUGCAACAGCUUGCCGACGAUGAGGGUACCGCGCAUCCGGUUGCCGCAGACGCUCUGAAGAACAACUUUUACGUUGACGAUUUCAUCGGGGGUGCAGAUUCCAUUGAAAGUGCUCGUCAUCUACGGUUAGAACUAAGUGAAUUAUUGUCGAAAGGUGGAUUCGAAUUAAGAAAGUGGACUUCCAACCGGUUAGAAGUACUUACCGGUCUAGCAUCGGAUCAGAUCGGAACACAGUCAGCUUUACAAUUCAUGCCCGACGAAACGAUUAAAGCUCUCGGCAUUUCGUGGGAGCCUGAACACGACGUACUAUCAUUUCCGUCCGCGAUUUACACCGACACAACAUGUACUACUAAAAGAACGAUUCUUUCUAGCAUAGCCCGCAUGUUCGAUCCGCUUGGUCUAGUGGCUCCAAUAGUUGUUCGCUCAAAAAUAAUGAUGCAGGAGCUAUGGUUACAGAAAGCUGGCUGGGACGAUCCCGUUCCUGAUUCUAUCUGCAAGAAAUGGAAAGAUAUUCAACAUGAUUGGCCACUUUUAUCCAGUUUCAAAAUAGAUCGUUAUGCUCUAUUACCUGGUAGUCGAUUGCAGCUACAUACCUUUUGUGAUGCAUCUGAAGCAGCCUACGGAGCCUGCAUCUAUGUUCGUUGCGAAGGUGCGCAAGGACGGGUUCGCAUCACUCUACUUGCAUCCAAGUCACGAGUGGCACCGCUUAAGCGUGUCACGCUUCCACGGCUUGAACUGUGCGCUGCGGUAUUAGGCGCUCAUCUUUACGAUCGAGUCAAGAAGGCGAUGGGACUAACUGCAGCAGAAUCAUACUUUUGGUCCGAUUCGACUGUCACCCUUAAGUGGAUCGGUGGCUCACCUAACACUUGGGCGACGUUUGUAGCUAAUCGAGUGGCCGAGGUGCAACACUACAUACAUCCACGACAGUGGAGGCAUGUUCCCGGUUCAACAAAUCCUGCAGAUCUGGUAUCACGCGGCAUGGCAGCGGUGGAUUUCCUGAAGAGCAAGCUAUGGAGUUCCGGCCCUGAAUGGUUGGCGUUAUCUUCAUCUCAAUGGCCCGACUUCUGCCCUGAACCGGACGAGAACGCAAAUCUCGAGAUUCGUAAGGUGAGCGCUGCCUUUACUAACUCUGUCACUAAUCAUCCUUGGUUUACGAUGUGUUCCAGCUACACGCGAUUGUUGCGUAUUAUUGCACUCUGCAUUCGCUUCACACGUAACGUCAAGGAGAAAGCACGAACUCAGCAAACAUCGCUACGCAUCACUACACCAUUGAGCAUCACUCCCGAGGAUACCGAAGCUGCUAAAACUGUGCUAUGUCGCUUAGCACAGCAAGACGAAUUUACAACCGAGCUAAAGCAAUUGACUAAGGGUGAAGCAAUCGCAAAGCAAUCACCGUUACGAAGACUAAACCCAUUCCUCGAUGAACAAGGAAUAUUGCGUGUGGGAGGACGAUUGAAGCUAUCGCAACUUCCAUACCAAUCGCAACACCCCAUUGUGCUUCCCAAGAAUCACAAAUUUGGCGAGCUCAUCGCGGCCUACCAUCAUGAGAAGCUCAUGCAUGGCGGCGGACGACUGCUACUCUCCCAAAUACGUGAAACGUAUUGGCCACUAGAUGGAAGACACCUAGUGAAGAGAAUCGUAAGGAACUGCUUCCGUUGCAUACGCCAAGAACCCCGCCUGGAGGAACAACAAGUCGGCCAACUCCCACCACCGCGCGUCACUCCCAGCCGGCCUUUUUCUGUUACCGGAGUAGAUUACGCUGGCCCUUUCUACUUGAAGCCUGCGCACCGGCGUGCAGCGGCGGCGAAGAGCUACUUGUGCGUCUUCGUGUGCUUCGCAACGAAGGCAGUCCACUUAGAACUGGUUGGGGACCUCACUACCGCGGGAUUCUUAGCGGCCUUACGUCGCUUCACAUCCAGGCGCGGAUUACCUGCACACAUACACUCGGACAACGGAAAAAACUUUGAAGGAGCCGCGCACGAGCUCCGUGAACUUUUCCACAUGUUCCGCGAUGAACAGCAGCAACACAUCAUCGCCAAUGAAUGUGCCAACAAGGGAAUCACUUGGCAUUUUACCCCUCCCAAGGCUCCCCACUUCGGCGGAUUGUGGGAAGCAGCGGUAAAAACGGCCAAGCGACAUCUUUACCGACAUCUAGGCAGCACUAGACUGUCCUACGAGGGAUUCAGCACCAUCCUUCAGCAGAUAGAGGCCGCAAUGAAUUCACGACCUUUAUUGCCCACCUCAGACGACCCGAACGAUUUGGCAGCACUUACCCCAGCGCAUUUCCUCAUCGGCACAUCCAUGCAUUCGGUUCCUACUCCAGAUUACACUGGAUUGAAGAUGUGUACACUUGAUGAACUCCAAAAGUGGCAACUGAUGUUCCAACGUUUCUGGAAACAUUGGACAUCGGAGUAUCUACAAGAAUUGCAAAAGGACAACAUGAGGCAUCACCGAACCAAUGAUAUACUACCUGGACGAUUAGUCAUCCUGAUGGAUGAAUCCCUACCAACAACCCGAUGGCCCCUCGCACGCAUCAUCGACGUUCAUCCGGGCCAGGACCAACUCACACGAGUGGUUAAACUAAAAACCGCUAAGGGGAUCCUCACACGUCCGAUCACAAAGAUUUGUAUUUUACCACUCGCCGCUGACCCGAACACCACGUGCUAA